AUGGACAACUUUAUCUUUCUGUAUUACCUAGAUACAAACGAAUGUCAACCAGAUUCACCUUGCCAUGCAAAUGCAACUUGUAAUAACACCGAAGGAUCUUACCAUUGCGCAUGUGAUUCUGGAUACAGUGGUGAUGGAUUUACAUGCAAUGGUAAGUUAUAUACAGCAGGAGUAUAGGGGUGGCAAUCACCACAACAAACAUCUCAAUGUAAUGGACAACUUUAUCUUUCUGUAUUACCUAGAUACAAACGAAUGUCAACCAGAUUCACCUUGCCAUGCAAAUGCAACUUGUAAUAACACCGAAGGAUCUUACCAUUGCGCAUGUGAUUCUGGAUACAGUGGUGAUGGAUUUACAUGCAAUGGUAAGUUAUAUACAGCAGGAGUAUAGGGGUGGCAAUCACCACAACAAACAUCUCAAUGUAAUGGACAACUUUAUCUUUCUGUAUUACCUAGAUACAAACGAAUGUCAACCAGAUUCACCUUGCCAUGCAAAUGCAACUUGUAAUAACACCGAAGGAUCUUACCAUUGCGCAUGUGAUUCUGGAUACAGUGGUGAUGGAUUUACAUGCAAUGGUAAGUUAUAUACAGCAGGAGUAUAGGGGUGGCAAUCACCACAACAAACAUCUCAAGGUAAUGGAUAACUUUAUCUUUCCGUAUUACCUAGAUACAAACGAAUGUCUACCAGAUUCACCUUGCCAUGCGAAUGCAACAUGUAAUAACACCGAAGGAUCUUACCUCUGUACAUGUGAUUCUGGAUACAGUGGUGAUGGAUUUACAUGCGGUAAGUUGUAUACAGUAGGAGUAUAGGAGUGGCAAUCACCACAACAAACAUCUCAAUAUAGGGGAUAACUUUAUCUUUCUGUAUUCCUUAGAUAAAAACGAAUGUCUAACAGAUUCACCUUGCCAUGCGAAUGCAACAUGUAAUAACACCGAAGGAUCUUACCUCUGUACAUGUGAUUCUGGAUACAGUGGUGAUGGAUUUACAUGCAAUGGUAAAAUAUUAAUGCGCAACAUUAAUAUUCGAGAACGAAUUACCACAAGAAACAUCUAUAAAUAAUGCAUAACUUUACGUUUCGUUAUUGCAUAGAUACAAAUGAAUGUCUACCAGAUUCACCUUGCCAUGCGAAUGCAACAUGUAAUAACACAGAAGGAUCUUACCUCUGCACAUGUGAUUCUGGAUACAGUGGUGAUGGAUUUACAUGCAAUGGUAAAACAUUAAUGCGUAACAUUAAUAUUCGAGAACGAAUUACCGCAAGAAACUUCUAUAAAUAAUACAUAACUUUAUGUUUCGCUAUUACAUAGAUACAAAUGAAUGUCUACCAGAUACACCUUGCUAUGCGAAUGUUAUAACACAGAAGGAUCUUAUAUGUGCACAUGUGAUCCUGGCUUCAGUGGGGAUGGAUUUACAUGCAAUGGUAAAAUAUUAGUGUGCAACAUUAAUAUUCGAAAACGAAUUACCACAAGAAACAGCUAUAAAUAAUGCAUAACUUUAUGUUUCGUUAUUACAUAGAUACAAAUGAAUGUCUACCAGAUUCACCUUGCCAUGCGAAUGCAACAUGUAACAACACAGAUGGAUCUUAUAUGUGCACAUGUGAUUCUGGCUACAGUGGGGAUGGAUUUACAUGCAAUGGUAAAAUAUUAGUGUGGAACAUUAGGGAAAGUACAUUUAUUAUGCCGAGGGGGGGGGAUGAAGAUGUUAAGGGGGGGCUCCGAAAUAUUUUCUGGCAUUAAAGGGGGGGCUCUGAAAGUUCUUGAUAUACUGAAGGGGGGGGCUCUAAACUUUUCAAAGGUUUGACCCCAGCAAAUAAAAGUUAAAAUUUUUACAUCAGUUUCAGGUAAAAUUUGCGUAAUAAAGUAAUUAUUUUUGUGAAAUGAUAACCAUUUUUGUAAAAUACAGUCAAUUUACAUGCAAUUUGUUUGCGAAAUUUGCUUUAGAAAACGCCAGAAAUUCAGUCCUAGAGCUUCGAAAAUGUAAAAAUUUUCUGGGGGAGGACCGCCAGAACCCCCCUUUUCUCCCAAAACUUAGUAUAAGAGUGCCAAUCAAUCACAAAAAGCUUUAUUAUAAUUAUUACACGUAUAAUCCUCUGACAUCCCCCCCCACCCCAAACGUCAGAUGCUUUGCUACAUCCCUGAUGGUUGUAUUCGAAACCGAUUUCAGUUUUAAGAUAUCCUUAGUCUGCUCUUCUAAAUGGAUACAUGAAAUCACCUAUAGCUUAUUUUAAUUUUUUUUGCGCCAGGUUUGUGAAGUAAUUUACGCGCCAAAAAGCAAAAAAGCAUAUACAAUUUGCAAGAAUGAUAUGUUCUAUGUUUAUGGGAUAUUUCGUACAAACGGGAUGGAAAUUAAAGAAAUUGAAGCAUACUGGCACUUUUGCAUGCAUUUUUGACAGGCAUGCAAAGACAUUUGCAACAGAUGCUGGGAGAUACGUUGGGUGGGGGCAACAUACUGUAAGGUUCCAGCACAUUACCCUGAUCCAGGAAAUCCUGGCCACUACAUGAACGUGUUCAAGACUCCGAAUACGCUGAAUGAUGGACAACAACAACCUGUUGAUAAUUCCACCCCUAGAGCCAAUUUAAAAUGGUUUAAAGACGAUGCCAUUUCAUCUGGCGCUAGUGAGAUGAAAGAAGCAGCAGAUCGGCAGUUUUGUUGAGGAAAAGCACUUGAGUAUAUCAGACAUCUUGAGGAACUGCAAAUUGUAUCUAUGAUAAGAGUGAAUUCCCGGAUUGUACUCCUUCGAUUCCGAAUUCUAGAGGGGGGCGGGGGCAUUGAAAAUUUUAAAAACUUGGCGGGGGGAGGCAUCGAAAUUUACCGAUAACCUCAACAGGGGCCCUGUAAAAAUAUGAGCUUUUUUCAAGACAUCUUCAUCCCCCUCCCUCAGUGUAUUAAAUGUACUUUCCCUUAAUAUUCGAAAACGAUUUACCACAAAAAGAUCUAUAAAUAAUGCAUAACUUUAUGUUUCGUUAUUACUUAGACACAAACGAAUGUCAACCAGAUUCACCUUGCCAUGCGAAUGCAACUUGUACUAACACCGAAGGAUCUUACCUCUGCACAUGUGAUUCUGGAUACAGUGGUGAUGGAGUUACAUGCAACGGUAAGUUAUAUAUAGCAGGAGCAUAGGAGUGGCAAUCACCACAACAAACAUCUCAAUGUAAUGGAUAACUUUAUCUUUCUGUAUUACUUAGAUACAAACGAAUGCCUACCACAUUCACCUUGCCAUGCAAAUGCAACAUGUAAUAACACCGAAGGAUCUUACCUCUGUACAUGUGAUUCUGGAUACAGUGGUGAUGGAUUUACAUGCAAUGGUAAAAAAAUAAUGUGCAACAUUAGCAUUCGAGACGAACUACCACAAGAAACAUCUAUAAAUAAUGCAUCACUUUACGUUUCGUUAUUUCAUAGAUACAAAUGAAUGCCUACGAGAUUCACCUUGCCAUGCGAAUGCAACAUGUAAUAACACAGAAGGAUCUUAUAUGUGCAAAUGUGAUCCUGGCUUCAUUGGGGAUGGAUUUACGUGCAAUGGUAAAAUAUUAGUGUGCAUCAUUUUUAUUCGAAAACGAAUUACCACGAGAAACAUCUAUAAAUAAUGCAUAACUUUAUGUUUCGUUACUACAUAGAUACAAAUGAAUGUCUAUCAGAUUCACCUUGCCAUGCGAAUGCAACAUGUAAUAACACAGAAGGUUCUUACAUGUGCACAUGUGAUUCUGGCUACAGUGGGGAUGGAUUUACAUGCAAUGGUAAAAUAUUAGUGUGCAACAUUAAUAUUCGAAAACGAACGACCACAAGAAACUCUAUAAAUAAAGCAUAACUUUAUGUUUCGUUAUUACAUAGAUACAAAUGAAUGUCAACCAGAUUCACCUUGCCAUGCGAAUGCAACAUGUAAUAACACGGAGGGAUCUUAUAUGUGCACAUGUGAUUCUGGCUACAGUGGGGAUGGAUUUACAUGCAAUGGUAAAAUAUUAGUGUGCAACAUUAAUAUUCGAAAACGAUUUACCAGAAAAAACAUGUAUAAAUAAUGCAUAACUAUAUGUUUCGUUAUUACAUAGACACAAACGAAUGUCAACCAGAUUCACCUUGCCAUGCGAAUGCAACUUGUAAUAACACCGAAGGAUCUUACCUCUGCACAUGUGAUUCAGGAUACAGUGGUGACGGAUUUACAUGCAAUGGUAAGUUAUAUAUAGCAGGAUUAUAGGAGUGGCAAUCACAACAACAGACAUCUCAAUGUAAUGGAUAACUUUAUCUUUCUGUAUUACUUAGAUACAAACGAAUGUCUACCAAAUUCACCUUGCCAUGCGAAUGCAACAUGUAAUAACACCGAAGGAUCAUAUCUCUGUACAUGCGAUUCUGGACACAGUGGUGAUGGAUUUACAUGCGGUAAGUUAUAUACAGCAGGAGAAUAGGAGUGGCAAUCACCACAACGAACAUUUCAAUAUAAUGGAUAACUUUAUCUUUCUGUAUUACUUAGAUGUAAACGAAUGUUUACCAGAUUCACCUUGCCAUGCGAAUGCAACAUGUAAUAACACCGAAGGAUCUUACCUCUGUACAUGUGAUUCUGGAUACAGUGGUGAUGGAUUUACAUGCAAUGGUAAAAUAUUAGUGCGCAACAUUAAUGUUCGAAAAAGAACUACCACAAGAAACUCUAUAAAUAAUGCAAAAUUUUACGUUUCGUUAUUUCAUAGAUACAAAUGAAUGUCUACCAGAUUCACCUUGCCAUGCGAAUGCAACAUGUAAUAACACAGAAGGAUCUUACCUCUGCACAUGUGAUUCUGGAUACAGUGGUGACGGAUUUACAUGCAAUGGUAAAACAUUAAUGCGCAACAUUAAUAUUCGUUAACGAAUUACCACGAGAAGCAUCUAUAAAUAAUGCAUAACUUUAUAUUUCGUUAUUACAUAGAAACAAAUGAAUGUCUCCAAGAUUCACCUUGCCAUGCGAAUGCAACAUGUAAUAACACAGAAGGAUCUUAUAUGUGCACAUGUGAUCCUGGCUUCAGUGGGGAUGGAUUUACAUGCAAUGGUAAAAUAUUAGUCUCCAACAUUAAUCUUCGAAAGCGAAUUACCACGAGAAACAUCUAUAAAUAAUGCAUAACUUUAUGUUUCGUUAUUACAUAGAUACAAACGAAUGUCUACCAGAUUCACCUUGCCAUGCGAAUGCAACAUGUAAUAACACAGAAGGAUCUUAUAUGUGCACAUGUGAUCCUGGCUUCAGUGGGGAUGGAUUUACAUGCAAUGGUAUAAUAUUAGUGUGCAACAUUAAUAUUCGAAAGCGAAUUACCACGGGAAACAUCUAUAAAUAAGGGAUAACUUUAUGUUUCGUUAUUACAUAGAUACAAAUGAAUGUCUACCAGAUUCACCUUGCCAUGCGAAUGCAACAUGUAAUAACGCAGAAGGAUCUUAUAUGUGCACAUGUGAUUCUGGCUACAGUGGGGAUGGAUUUACAUGCAAUGGUAAAAUAUUAGUGUGCAACAUUAAUAUUCGAAAACGAACUACUACGAGAAACUCUAUAAAUAAUGCACAACUUUAUGUUUCGUUAUUACAUAGAUACAAAUGAAUGUCUACUAGAUUCACCUUGCCAUGCGAAUGCAACAUGUAAUAACACAGAGGGAUCUUAUAUGUGCACAUGUGAUUCUGGCUACAGUGGUGAUGGAUUUACAUGCAAUGGUAAAAUAUUAGUGUGCAACAUUAAUAUUCGAAAACGAAUUACCACAUGAAACAUCUAUAAAUAAUCCAUAACUUUAUAUUUCGUUAUUACAUAGAUACAAAUGAAUGUCUAUCAGAUUCAGCUUGCCAUGCGAAUGCCACAUGUAAUAACACAGAAGGAUCUCAUAUGUGCACAUGUGAUUCUGGCUACAGUGGGGACGGAUUGACAUGCAACGGUAAAAUAUUUUAUAUAAUAACCACAGUGAAACACGCAAUUUGAUUGGUCAACCGCCGUGCAGACAAUCCUGCACUGGAAAAUCUCAUAGAUAUCAAAUUCAGAACAGAAAUUAUUGCAUAUAAUUUUACAAAUAUACUCGCAUUGUAAAGUUUCAUUGUGCGAUACCUUUCGACUUUGAAGUAGGUUUCCAAUUAUUGAGACGUUGGUUUAGUUGUAGGAAUAAAUUUCUGAUCGAUACAUUGCUCUUCAGCAAGUAGCAACGCGUAAUCGUUAAAAGUCAUCAGACCAUGGCGUGCAAGUACAACAUCUCUCUCUUCAAAGUUGAUCAAACGCUUCGCAAUCUUCACAUAUUCAGGUCGAGAAUCUUUAAAACUACUGUGGCUCUCUGUUUAGCGGGUUUUCCAUUUCGAAUUUGUAUAUUUUAUCAAAAAAGUCCCUGUCUUUUCGCUGUAUAUUUUCGCGAAUUUGCGAUCAAAUUAUGUUCACAUAUGUGACCUUCCUUGGGAAAAGGUACGUUAACGCUUUUGAAAAACGUUCUGAAAAAUCGUUCGUUAUCCGUUCGUUAUCCGUUUAAACGAUUUAGCUUUCCGUUGAAACGAUUUUUGAAAACGUUCAGACUCCUUAAUGAAGCGUUCAAACGGUUGGACAAAAAAGUUUGAAAAAUUUUGCAAAAUCGUUCGAACGAUUGGUACAAAACGUUCAAAUACGUUCAUGAAGCCGUUUAAAUGCCUCAGAGAAUAUCUUUACGAUAGUUAAGCCGACUUUGUAGGCGUUUAAUUAAAAGUUUAUCUGAAACCGAUUGUCUUGUAAGAUUUACAAAUGGAUACUAUUAGACAAGUAUUACGGACAACGGUAUAAUAUAAGUUCGCCACCCUUCAUGAUAUUAAAUAUUCUAAGCGUCGAAACUGUUGCGGUGAAAUACUGCAACAAUAUCUAAUUUAGCAAAAUGUUUCUCGUAUGUUAAAAGGUGGUUUAAUUAAAAUACACAUCCGCGAACUUGCCGUUUCCGUCUUUUAAUAGCAUCAGCUUAGUGUCAAUUAAUUCAUUUAAGUUAUAUUAUUAUUCGGUCGAAUAACUAAGAGUCGUUAUGUUACAAAUACAAUUGUAUCCAACCAAAAAAUAAAUCAAUGUACAGCCCACCAGUUUAGAGACAUGAGACACGGCACAAAUUUCGAUAAAUCAUGUCACACAUGUAUGGGGAAUGGCAACGGCGCAAACCAUACUCGAAGACAAUGGCCGUGCGAGGCACUCCCUGUUUGAAUUUUUAUGCGGAUACUGGGGAUACUGGCAUUCUCCUGUCACCAACCGAAACCGAUACUGUUUCAAAGUCAAAAAAUGUUACAGUCAGCUACUUCUGUUUUUUUAGCUCUGAUCCACUUAUCUGGGAAAAACGUCCAAGUUGAUAUUAAACGUGAUGCCUGCAGCCUUUUAACUGCUUUAUUAAUUAUAUUUAACUAUUUAAACAAAAUGAUCAAUUUUAUAAAAGAUGUGGGAAUCAGCUACAGCAUAAACAAUAAUAAAGCAGUGUCAAUCACUAAUUUUUCCUCAGUUAUAAUUAAACCGUGUAUGCAUUUAUUUCCGAGUUUUAGAAGGACUGGUGAUCUUGCAGCGUGCGCUUACAUGUGCAAAAUGGAAUGUUUCAGGAUAGAAUAUUAUACAAUACAAAACAAAACACGAAACGUCGAAAUAAAUUUUCAAAAUGCUUUCAAUUUUCGGAGUAUCUAUUGUUUUGUAUUUUAUCAAAAUACUCAGUGGUUCCGGUAAUUAAAGAAUAUUAUACCUUUUUGGCGUUUCAAACACUUCAUUUUAUAAUUAUUUCAUUAACUGCAUGGCAUUGCCAUUACCAACUUUUGUGCCUUCCAUCUUUCGGGAGCUAUUGUGCUAUAAUAACUGAUAUAAGCUGCUGUUAUAAGAACAACAACUGUCAUAAGAAAGAGACGCUUAAUUUAACUAUCGCGAGGAUCUCAAAGAUUAAGGAAUUUAACAUUCCCAUACUCUAAUUUUCUUUUCAACUAUAUAGUUGCAUUCAGCCCUGCAGUCGAGUGGAAAUCACUCGGUUAACAUAUCGAUUUUUUCCUUAACCCAUGCACCUCUUCAUAUUUUCAGAUAAUAUAUCGCGUCGUGUAGCGUGAUAGGAAACACUUGCAUUAAAUGUCACAAAAAAUUAUUAUUAGAUUAAUUAUACCUUUCUAUUAAACGAACUAUUUUUAUACAAGUUGUCAUCAAUGUCAUCAAUAUUAGCUUGCAAAGUUCAAAUUGCGCCAAUACGGAUAGGAUGUAUAUCUUCAUGUGUGCGACUGUAAAUUCGAUAGAUAGCAACCUACAGUGCCUAAAAUGGAUUUAUGCGAGGAUUUACGUAGCUUAAAGAUAUAGGACGACAUCAGAAGUGAGAAGACAUCGUAAGGUUAGCGUAUAGUCCUUGCGGUCAACUAGUUACGGCAUGUAUGCCGAUUAAAUAUUUAUAAUUUAUUUCUGAUUUCUAUAAAGAAAGUAAAAUAGGAGGCCACGAGGAAAAGUUGUGUGUAUUAACGUGUUGCAAGCUAUAUAUCUUUGCAUUUCCCAACUAGAAUAAUUUGGGGGGGGGAGGGAAACGGCCUUAUAUACUGUAUAGUUGUGUGACUUGUUGCAUGUAAAAUAUAGCCUAUAGUAAAGACGUUUUAAAUAGCGAUGUUGUGAUUGCGCGAAAACAUAAAAGGGAAUUGGUCUUCUUGAUUAGGCUUGUAAAAAGAUGUACUAUAUCCAUAUAUAGUAUAUACAGUGCAUUUUAAGGAGUGCAUUCACACUUUUCAUCAGUACCAAUAUAUCGUCAUUAUUCUUAUCUGCAUUCUGCAAUUUACCUUAUAAUUGCUGCGUGCUGUGUUUUAUAUUUGCCGUUCAAACUGUUUAUUUUCAUGGUUUAAAUACCUUUAGGUCUUGACCAUUUACUAUUAUGUUAGUAUAACACAUCGUAAUAAAUUACCAUUGUGACCGCAUCUUUGCCUAAUAUUCAGGAGCGAAUUAUGAAUUGAUUACGGAAAAUAUUAUAAUGGCGAUAAUUCAACAACCAGCAUGUACUUUGCAUUUUAGACCUGCCGUGUUUCACAGGCUAUAGUAUAGACGAAAUUACCGAUGCGUACAUUAAGCAUGCAAUGGACGCCUGAUUUAAUUCGACAGAAAUGUGUCCACAAUAUCAAACAAGUCAUAUACUGAGCCAUAGGCUAUAAUUGAGACAAUAGCACUCGCGGCGACAGGUUCGAUCGACACAGAUAAUGCAUCGUUCUACAGCUGUUGUGUAUUUAAUAGUUAGCGUUGCAUGCUCAAACCGUGAUCGCUAAAUCCCAACAAUAUAGCCUAUAAUUAUAUAUUAUCCGAGCUCGCGAGUUCAUACUCGUUUUUUCCCACUUUGGAUUGUGCUAUUUUAUAGUGUCCUUGUCUGGCUAUUUUCAUGCCUAAUCUUAUUAUACCACGUUAAUUAAUUUAAUUUCCUUUUUGAAAUUAUGCAUCACGAAAAAAUUGUCAACAAAUCCUAUACGCAAAAUUUCUUACAUAUAGACUAUAGGGACUAUAUUCAUGUUUCGUAUGUGUAUACUAUACUUUUAGUUCUAUAGGAGUAUUAUAUAUAUAUAUAUAUAUAUAUAUAUAUAUAUAUAUAUAUAUAUAUAUAUAUAUAUAUAUAUAUAUAUAUAUAUAUAUAUAUAUAUAUAUAUCGCAUAGUCGCAUUUAGAGUAGAAAGGUGACGUAAGUCCCAGGUCGGCUGUGUGAUAUAGCUAUAAAAAUAUCGCCGCAUGUCUCCGGUAUAAACUGAUUGUCUCUAGACUUAGCGCAAAACCGCUUUAGCGUCUUUGAUUUUGUUAGUAUCGAAAUCGACAAAACUUGGAACGUUUAUAAACACCAAAGUGAUCUAUUUUGUUUCUGCAUGCUUAUGCACGCAUCUGGAUAAAUGCGUGGUUGUUAAUUCUUGUUCAGUUUUCAGUGUACUGACGUUUUUGUAUAUUGUUCACUGCUUUAUACCAAUCUGUUAGUUAGAUCCGUUGAAACGGUGGGCGAAUGCCGUUCAAACCGUUUCUUAAUUUCGUUCGAACGGUUUGUUAAUCCGUUCGUAAAGGGGUUAAAUUUUUUGUGUUCAUCCGUUCGUAUUUUUCACUCAAAACGUCUAAAACGUUUUGACGAUCCGUUAAAACGAUUUGACAAAGCGUUUACUAUUCGUUCGUUAUCCGUUUUUUUGCCCGUUUUAAUGCAAAAUCGUUAACGUACCUUUUCCCAAGGAAGGUCACAUAUGUUGUUGUUUUCAAUAGCGUGGAGUAGUGAUUUUUAAGUCUGUGAGGGGGUCGAAUAUGUAUUUAUCCACCCACUUUUUGACAUGUUUAAUGAAAUUUUGUUUCUUGCUUAUCCAAAAGCUUAAUGCAUAGUAUGCUAUUCAUCAAAAAUUGUGAUUGAAAGGAAGACAUGUAAUAAGAAGAAGUACAACGUAUAAUCUUUCUGUAGCCGCUGGGAGCAAACACUGACUUCGCAUACACUAUGUAAAAUUAUAAACACUUUAGAAUAGCCUAAUUGAGUUUUAACUGAGUUUUUCUUAAAUACAUUAUUAUCAUCAACAUAAGCCAAAUGGUUAACUCAAUAGAUUAUUAGCACUAAAAUAAGGGUGAGGACAUGUUAACCUGUGAAUAGACGUCUGUUAACAGGCCAGCACAUGUUGGUUUUUAGCGGAUUUCUCACAUGGUUAAAAACGGAUUUCAGAUCAUGCACAUUGUAAAAUAACUUUAUAGGUGCAUCCAUAAAGCUGGGAAUGCCGUUUCUGCGUAUCAAAUAUUCGGGUAUCAUACCUCCGGACCUUCCUAGUUUGGCGUACUUCCCCCUCCCCACUUCCUGGGGAAGAUUGACGCCCUUGAAUACAUUUACGUCAAUUCACGUAUUAUUUUAUUUUGUGUCUGUGUAGAUGUUGAUGAAUGUGCUCUUGGUACUGACAACUGCCACGAUAAUGCUACAUGUAAUAAUACAGAUGGUUCAUUUGAAUGUAGUUGCAAUGACGGAUAUUCAGGGAAUAGUACAAUCUGUGAAAGUAAGUAGACUAUGAAAGCGAUAUUAGGAUGGUGGAUUGACCUCUCGGGUACGCAGAUUUAAGGAUUAGCUUCUAUUUUAAAGUCACUACCGAAGAGGUGCUGCUGUUUGCGUUCUAUUCUAUUUUAUCUGGCCGUGAAUCGGUUAAGAGAAGUGUCCUUGCUGCAGAGUUAUCAUUUCGUUUUCCGAUAGCAUGUAUAGUUUCAUUAUUUUGGUUUGAAUGACAAUUUAUUUUGUGCUUUUAAACCGAUAAUAUCUAGUCAUUAACAUUAUGUCAAGAAUGCAUAGGCUACGUUCAAGUUUUAAUUGCUUUGAUCUCGCAUUAUUUUAUAAACAGAAUUGCAAUGUAGCUCAUGGAUUUAUUCAUCAAUUAAAACUUUUCAGAUAUUGAUGAAUGUGUAGACAGAUCUCAUGAUUGCCAUUAUAACGCUACAUGUACCGAUACUGACGGUUCAUUCGUUUGUUCUUGUAAUUCUGGCUUCUCAGGAAAUGGGACUUAUUGUCAAGGUUGGUUUCAGAAUACUUGCAUGUUGUGAUUUUAUCGACAUUUGGUUCAUAAUUAUUUGACCAAUUGACCUUGGGUUAUUGUCAAGCUUUCCCAGACUCUAAGACAUGUGCCUCCUGUGAGGGGAUUGCUUUUGAUACGAAAGUUCUGAAAAUGUACGCGUGUGAAGAAGUGUAAUAUUUUCUUAGAUAUACCUGAAUUAGCCGACGUCUCGUAGAAUUUAAGACUUUGAUAAUGUAAAACUUGAUCGUCGCGCGUGAUUUACGCAAAUCAUGUCACCCGGGUGACAUGAUCAAAUCACUAUGUGAGAUGAUUCAAGUCGCCCGCUUACGUAAAAUAUGAUGACUAUGGUGCGAUUCGAUGAUAAACUUCAUGCUCAUGUGGCACAAACUUAGCUUUCUGAGUGGACACUUUCAAUAUGAGGUAUAAUGUUAGAAUUUAUUAUAUUCAGAAGGUCUGGAUAUGAGGAAUUCUGGAAUCUGAUUGGUUCUCUACCAGCAAGAAAUUAUAGCUGAUAUCUUCCUAGUAGAGAUAAACAAAAUGGCGGCUCAAAUUGAUUAAACUAAUUUUCUGAUGUCUUUCGAACGAAUAAACGGCACGUUGUUCGCUUUUUGCAGCCUUUACAGGAUUAAAACACAAUGGUAAAGUUCCCACAAAUUGUUUAUAGUCUAGGACCUGAAUAUGAGUUUGUAUCAAUUUAUUUUAUGACAGGUAAUCUCAACUGUGUUUACGUAAAAUGACCAUGGCGCUUAAUAUGGCAUAUGCACCAAAAACCUGAAUCCGGCCCGAAUUACUUGACUGCACCAAUACACUCAUGGGCGUCAAUCCUUGGAAGGGUGAGGGAAGGACGCGUCCCCCCCAGUUUUUGAAGUGGGUGAGGGGGUCGAAUAUCUAUUUAUCCACCCACUUUUUGACACGUUUAAUGAAAUUUUGUUUCUUGGUCAUCCAAAAAUUUAAUGCAUGGUAUGCUACUCAUAAAAAAUUGUGAUUGAAAGGAAGACAUUUAACAAGAAGAAGUACAACGUAUAAUCUUUCUGUAGCCGCUGGGAGCAAAUACUGACCUCACAUAUACUAUGUAAAAUUAUAAACACUUUAGAAUAAUUUCGUUCAACUGAGUUUUUCUGAAAUACAUGAUUAUCAUCAACAUAAGGCAAAUGGUUAAUUUAAUAGAUUAUUAGCAUUAAUAUAAAAAAUCAGGACAUGUUAACCUGUGAACAGACGUGUUGGUUUUUAGCGGAUUUCUCACAUGGUUAAAAACGGAUCUCAGAUCAUGCACAUUGUAAAAUAAAUUUAUAGGUGCAUCCAUAAUGCUGGGAAUGCCGUUUCAGCGUAUCAAAUAUUCUGGUACCAUACCUUCGGACCUUCCUAGUUUGGAGUAUUCGCCCCCCCCCCCAACUUCUUGAGGUAGAUUGACGCCCUUGAAUACAUUUACGUCAAUUCACGUAUUAUUUUAUUUUGCGGCUGUCUAGAUGUUGAUGAAUGUUCUUUUGGUACUGACAACUGUCACGAUAAUGCUACAUGUAAUAAUACAAAUGGUUCAUUUGAAUGUAGUUGCAAUGACGGAUAUUCAGGGAAUGGUACAAGCUGUGAAAGUAAGUGGACCAUGAAAGCGAUAUUAGGAUGCUGGAUUGACCUGUCGUGUUCGCAGGUUUAAGGAUUAGCUUCUAUUUUAAAGUCGUUUCCGAAGAGGUGCUGCAGUUGCAUGCCAAACUGACGUCAAUCGAAACGUUUUAUUUUAUCUGGCCGAGAAUGGGUUAAGAGAAGUGACCUUGCUGCACAGUUAGCAUUUCAUUUCCCGAUAGCAUGUAUAGUUUCAUUAUUUUGGUAUGAAUGACAAUUUAUUUUGUGCUUUUACACCGAUAAUAUCGAUCUAAUCCAUAACAUUAUGUUAGAAAUGUAGGCUACGUCCAUGUAUUUAUUGCUUUCAUCUGGCAUUAUUUUAUAAACAUUAUUGCAAUGUAGCUCAUGGAUUUAUUCAUUAAUUAAAACUUUUCAGAUAUUGAUGAAUGUGUAGACAGAUCUAAUGAUUGCCAUUAUAACGCUACAUGUACCGAUACUGACGGUUCAUUCAUUUGUUCUUGUAAUUCUGGCUUCUUAGGAAACGGGACUUAUUGCCAAGGUUGGUUUCAGAAUACUUGCAUAUUGUGAUUUAUAGACAUUUGGUUUACAAUUGUUUGACCUUGGGUUCUUGUCAAACUUUCUCAGACUUUAAGACAUGUGCCUCCUGUAGGGCGAUUGCUUUUGAUACGCCCGUCAAUGAUUGGAAAUAG